AGCGGGGUAAAUGCCCCUCGGAGUCCAGCCCUGUGUGGUUCUACUGCAAACAUUGCAUGUGGCUAAAGUUCAUUCCUCUCGAGACGCGUCCAGAGCAGGUCUUACUGAAGAAUGCUGGGAAAAGUGUCACUCCUCCUUCAAAGACUUGGACCUCCAGCAUCCCACAAUGCAUUUCUAACACAGCGUUUUCUGCAUGGCAGCCUCUUCAGGAUUCACCCCUCAGUCUCGGAGGCCCUUGCCAGUCAGGAGCCUGUGGUUGCUUUAGAAAGCACCAUCAUCACACAUGGUAUGCCGUACCCUCACAACCUCAGGACUGCUGAGGAGGUUGAGGGCAUCGUGAGGGCCAGUGGAGCCACGCCAGCGACUGUGGGGGUCCUGGGGGGGCGGGUGCAUGUGGGCCUGUCCAAGGAGGAGCUGUGCUUCCUGGCCCGCAGCGAGGCCCCCCUCAAAGUGUCUCGCAGGGACCUGCCCUAUGUGCUGAGCAAGGGUCUCUCUGGCGGCACCACGGUCUCUGCCACGAUGAUGGCAGCACAUCGAGCCAGGAUCCCUGUGUUUGUCACAGGAGGGGUGGGAGGAGUCCAUCGAGGAGGAGAGAGCACGAUGGAUGUCAGUGCACGACUGGAGCCUGCCCGACGGCCGAUGGAGAUGAGGGACGCACUGGAGUAUCUGGAAACUCAGGGUGUUUGUGUUGCCACGUUUGGCAGCUCCCAGGAUUUCCCAGCAUUUUUUGCACCCCGGAGUGGCUUUGUUUCACCGUACAACGUGAGGGACGAGCGAGAGGCUGCCGCACUGAUUGCCAGUGCUCUGGCUCUAGGGCUGGGCAGCGGGGUGCUGAUCGCAGUGCCAAUCCCAGAAGAGCAGGCUGCUGUGGGACAGGAGAUUGAAGAGGCCGUCCAGAGAGCCCUGACAGAGAGCAGAGAGAAAGGGAUUACAGGAAGAGAAGUCACUCCGUUUGUUCUGAGGAGGGUCAGUGAGCUGACCCAGGGGAAGUCUCUGGAAGCCAACAUGGCGUUGAUUCGUAACAAUGCAGCGGUGGGCAGUGGGAUAGCCCGGGCCCUGGCCACACUGCGACAGGAGGAACAGAACCCCAGCACAAGGAGGAGGAGACAGGCAGCCCAGGCCAGUGCAGUGGUGAUUGGAGGGAUCAAUGUGGACUUCAUAGCGAAGGUCAAAGAGGAAAAGCUGGUGAUGGGACAGACGAAUCCAGGAAGUGUCGGUCAGUCGUUUGGGGGAGUGGGUAGAAACCUGGCAGACUGUUUAACUCGUCUUGCGGUGCAGCCUCUCUUUAUCUCUGCUCUCGGAGUCGAUGUGCUCUCAGAGUCUGUGCUCAGUCACUGCACACACAUGAACACAAGUGGGGUUGCUAGGCUGCAGGACCACAGCACUGCGACUUACUGCGCUGUCAUCACAGAGAAAGGAGAGCUGGGUGUGGGGGUGGGAGAUAUGGACAUCCACCAGCGAAUCACAGAGCAGUAUGUCUCCAGGUUUGAAGAGCGCUUGACGACGGCCUCGCUGGUGUGUCUGGACGGCAACAUCCCAGUUUCAACCAUAGACUACGUGUGUGGGAUUGCUAGCAAGCACCGGGUCCCAGUGUGGUUUGAGCCGACCAAUGUGGACAAGGCCUGCAAGCCGUUCCUGUCUGGCAGCUGGAAGGCUCUUUCUUUCUUCUCUCCCAACCUGGCGGAGCUGCGUGCGGUGAACCAGGCCCUGGGGCUCCCUGUCCCCGCAGCUGUGCCGUCCUCGCUGGAUGAUGUCCUGGGCAGCGCGCUGGCUCUCUCUCGUCCCCUGCUGGAGCACCUGCGAUGUGUGGUAGUGACGCUCGGGCCCCACGGAGUCCUGCUUUGUGGAGAUGCUGAGGGGGGGGCAGUGAGCCUGCAGAGAGUGGACUACAAACGCCAGCCGGGGGGGAGGCUGUGUGGAAUUCACUACCCAGCGAUCCCCAUCUCCGCAGGAGACGUUGUGAAUGUCUCGGGGGCCGGAGACAGCCUGGCGGCUGGACUGAUGGCGGGGAUGCUCCAGGGCCAAGACUGGGACACCUGUGUGAAGAUGGGGCUCCUGGCCGCCGACAUGUCUCUUAGGUCACAUGACGCUGUCUCUCCCGCGCUCAGCAGCACCACCGUCAGCCUGGAGCAGGUCAGAGCACGACGCUGGCCCCCAGUCACUUGGCAGUGGUCAGACUGAACCAGCACCGCAGCAGCAAGCUUGCCAAAGCUCACUUCUCAGCUGCAUGUUUCCUUCAGUGAAGACUAUAUUGUUACUGUGAGAAAUGGACCCCUGUAGAGAGCAGACUUGUACAUCGCUGUACUUUUAUAGAAAUGAGCCAACAGUAAAGAUAAUUAGCAGAAAUUGAGGAGAGGAGUCUUUUUCAAUGUUGUUUAGUAACAAUUCAGAUAGAAGCUAAAAAGUGAGCAUUUUAGAUCACAUACCCAAGCUGGUGAUAAAUGACAAAUUGCGCUAAUUUAACUAAUUGGUGUUGAUUGAAUAAUCUAUAAUUAAGAAACUAAUGUCUAGUCUGCCUAGUAUGAAGUGCAAAAUCAAUGAAUUUUUAUUUCAUGCAAAAUUACUUGUAAACUUUUUUUUCAUCUGGUCAUGUUCAUUAAAGCAAUGGAUUUCACUGAAUCAGCUUCCUGCCUCCUGAAGUCACAGUGGAUUGUAAAGGGGGGGGGGGGACUCCAUACACUGAUUUGAACAAAUGGAGGUUCAAUGUAAUACACUAUUUUAAAUGCUAACAUGAAGUAACUAGUAAACAGAAACCACACCUGCCCUUGAUU